UGUGUUUCGCUCUCCGAAGCCAUUUUGGACUCAGUUCAGUUUCGUGCAUGUCAGAAUCGGACCCUGUCCAGCCAUUCUCACUCUGAACAGGAGAAGCUUCACACACGGACUGGCUUUUGGGUGGAAAUCACUCAUUGUUUCAUGCUGGAAGGCGUUUCUGUUGGAAUAGCCGCUUUUCCUGAUGGAUUUCUGCAUAUGUUAAAGUUUGAUUGGGUGGACAUCAGGCCGACGGUCACUCGGGCUCGUGUGUGUGUGUGUGUGUGAGAGAGAGGGAGAGAGAGAGAGAGAGUGUGUGAGUGUGUGCAUGAAUGUGUGUGUGUGUUUCCACCGAUCGUUUUAAAUGUGUGCAAAGCAGAAGACACUAAAAAGGAGAAAACCUGGGGUGUUUUUGUGCCAGUAGAGGAAUAUGUUCGCUUCCUGGCUGACUUUUGCACUUCUUCUGGGAACUUUUUGUGCAGGACCCAGCCAUGGAGAGGUGGAGACGCGCGAAUGCUUGUACUUCAACAUUAACUGGGAGAUCGAGAAGACGAACCGCAGUGGUGUGGAGAGAUGUGAGGGAGAGAAGGACAAACGCUCGCACUGUUACGCCUCCUGGAGGAACAACUCCGGGAACAUCGAGCUGGUGAAGAAGGGAUGCUGGUUAGACGACUUCAACUGCUACGACAGACAGGAGUGUGUGGCCACAGAGGAAAACCCUCAGGUGUUCUUCUGCUGCUGUGAAGGAAACUUCUGCAACGAGAGGUUCACACACCUGCCCGACGUCAGCGGACCAGUGAUCGAGCCUCCUCCUGCCCCCCCGUCGCUGCUGAACGUGCUGGUCUACUCUCUGCUGCCCGUCACCAUGCUCUCCACGGCUCUCCUGCUGGCCUUCUGGAUGUACCGGCACCGCAAGCCUCCCUACGGACACGUGGACAUCAACGAGGACCCUGGCCCGUCUCCUCCUUCACCGCUGGUGGGCCUGAAGCCUCUUCAGCUGCUGGAGGUUAAAGCCAGAGGACGCUUCGGAUGCGUGUGGAAGGCACAGAUGAUGAACGAAUAUGUAGCCGUCAAGAUUUUCCCCAUUCAGGACAAGCAGUCGUGGCAGAACGAGUGGGAUAUUUUCUCUACGCCGGGCAUGAAACAUGAUAACCUCCUGCGCUACAUCGCUGCGGAGAAACGCGGAAGCAACCUGGAGACUGAGUUCUGGCUCAUCACAGAGUUUCACGAGAGGGGUUCGCUGACGGACUAUCUGAAGGGGAACGCGCUGAGCUGGAACGACAUGUGUCACAUCGCAGAAACCAUGGCCUGUGGCCUGGCGUACCUUCACGAGGACGUCCCGCGGUUUAAAGGAGAAGGUCCUAAACCUGCGAUUGCACACAGAGACUUCAAGAGUAAGAAUGUGAUGCUGAAGACCGAUCUCACCGCUGUUGUUGGGGACUUCGGCUUAGCGGUUCGGUUCGAGCCGGGUAAACCACCGGGAGACACACACGGUCAGGUCGGCACGCGGAGGUACAUGGCGCCGGAGGUUCUGGAGGGAGCGAUUAACUUCCAGCGGGAUGCGUUUCUGAGGAUAGACAUGUACGCCAUGGGGCUGGUGCUGUGGGAGCUGGUGUCCCGGUGCAAAGCCUCCGACGGUCCUGUAGACGAGUACAUGCUGCCGUUUGAGGAGGAGAUCGGCCAGCAUCCGUCGCUGGAGGAUCUUCAGGAUGUGGUGGUGCAUAAAAAGAUGCGGCCGGUGUUUAAGGACUGCUGGCUCAAGCAUUCGGGUCUGGCUCAGAUGUGCGAGUCGAUCGAGGAGUGCUGGGAUCAUGACGCCGAGGCUCGUCUCUCUGCGGGGUGUGUAGAGGAGCGUCUCUCUCAGAUCCGCCGGAUCUCCAGCUCUUCUACCUCAGACUGUCUUCUGUCCAUGACCUCGGUCACCAACGAGUCCAGCAUCUGAAACUCCACCGCAAAACACAUUCAAGCAGCUGCUAUUUUAUCACAACGUUUUUUUAACUUUAUUAUUAUUAUUAUUAUUAUUUGUAUUUUUUUUUUCUGAUCGGAUCAGUAACUACCAGCACACUUCUCUACUGUAUUUUUAUCAUUAGAGCAAAAACGCGAAAGAUUUUUUAAAAUACGACGCGCAUUCAGGUGCCGACAAAUGAAUGCUGACCGGUUGCAGGUACCUCAACAUUUCACUUGGUUUUUCUCCUCUUUUUUUGCGUUCUGUUCCGUCUGUCGGACAGGAUCGUCUGUGAAAAGCAACCGAUACAUGACGGCUUCAUCUUCGCCGUGUCGGAUCAUUCAACAGUGCUGCAAAACCUGCGAGGAUCAUUAUGACUGUUACACGCGCAAUCCAACCUCCUCGCGGGAUCUACCUUUUUAUUUCUCUCUCUCUCUCUCUCUCUCUCUGUGUCUCUCUCUCUCUCUCUCUCUUUCUGAAAGUGUGCUAUUCGAAAUUACAGAAAACGUGUCUUUUACGGAACUAACGGGUGUUAAAGAACACGGAAAACGCAACUGGACUAAUUUCUUUCUUUCUUUUUUUUUGUGUUUUUAUUUUCAUUUUUUUCUUCAUGCUGUUGAAGUUGGUGACUGUGAAAAGGUUGGUUGGGGAUUUUAUUGAGUGGAUAUGAGUGAAAUCUCUCGCUGGCUUGCAUGUGGAAAUGUCGGACGUCAUGAGAGCGUUUAGUUUGGUACGGGAAUCUUUCUCAGGUAUCCAGUGUCAAAGGUCCAUGACUGCCUUUCCCACACCAUUAUAGGACAGAGACAAGUAUAACAGUGCCCUGAUCAAUUUAACACUAGUUACCUACACGAAACAUGCAAGGCCGUGUGUGUGUGUGUGUGUGUGUGUGCUGAGAGUUUGAUGAAAAAGAGAAAAAAAGACCAUAAAAAGUGUUUGUUUCUCCUGUCUAGUUUCUCUUGUAAUAAUGCAAUGUGUUGUGGAGUGAAGGACUCGCACGGCAGAGGCAUUCUGGGUCACAUUUUACCUCAAAACCCAAAGA